CGGGGCGCGCGGCUCCAGGGCGCGGCCGGGGCAGGGCCGCAGCGCUACGCACCACCAUCUCCGCUGCCGCCACAGCCUCUCCGCCCCCUCAGCGGCCGCCGCCGUCGCCACGCCUCGCCGGCAGAUGCUGCGGCGCCUCGCCGGCGGAGCCGCCGCCGUGCGUUCGCCGUCGCCGUCGGCCACGGUGGCGGCGGAGCUCCGGCGGCUGCUCCACAUCGGUGGCGGAGGCGGAUGCGGCGCCGGGGAGCCGGAGAGCGUGGCGUACCGCAUGUCCAUGCUGCGGCGCCCGCCUUCCGUCGGGAAGAAGGGGCUCACCUGGAACUCGUGCAGUCUCAUCGGCCGCCUCGACGCGCCCGUGCGGCCGUACGACGACAGCUCCGACCGAAAACCCGGCGCGUACACCUUCCUCUCCGUCUCCCCCUCGUCGCCCGCAUCCCCCUCGAGCUCUUCCAAGUUCACUGUGGCAUUGCAGUUGAAGGGUGAGCUGGCAAAUGUUGGCCUAAAGUAUCUGAAGUACAAUGACCUUGUCUAUGUAUCUGGUUUGCUGAAAUCUUAUCAUAAAGUCAGUCCAAGUGGUGAUCGGAACAUUGUCUAUCAGCUUCAUGUCAAAGAGCUGAAUUAUGUUCUUGAUCAAAAUAAGAAACCUAAGGAUGAUGAAGACUCAGUCCAUUCAUCACCAAUGCUAGGUGCCACCCCUGAAAUGCUAAAAGAGAAAAGGUACACCGACCGACUUCACUUGUGGCAAGUUUUCUUUGCCAACCCUUAUGAAUGGUGGGACAAUAGACAAUCCAAACCGUGGGCCAGCUAUCCUGAUUUCAAGCACAAGGACACUCGUGAGAAAAUAUGGCUCCACCCAGACGACCCUCCCUGGGUACGAAAGCAGCUUGAAUUACAUGACCUGGAAGUAGCUGAGAAUGGUCGCAAGGGUGAGGGUUGGCUGCUAAAAAAUCAUAACUGGAAAGCCCAAGAUUUUGACUACUCUAAUGAUGAAGUACAGCACUCUGUGGAAGCACGAACAGGAAGCCCAAUAUCGUUCGUCAAAAAUGAAGAAAUUCACCAGGCCUUUGAGGGGCCACACGUUUCUUUGUCCGAUGAUCUUACUGAAUUGUAUAGAGGGUAUGCUUAAUAGGUAGGAAUUAGGAUAUGGAUUUUUAUUGAACUUAGCUAGUUAUUGGCUUGCAGGAUUAGUGGGUUGUCUGUAAUUUGGUUUACAUGUAUGGCAAGGUGCAAAUAUGAUGGAACGUCAACAUUAUAGCAAGGCCCUAUCUAUUAACAUGCCUCAAAGUUUGUUAAGCGAUAUUGUCAUAUCUUA